CUUAGCAGCCUCUAAUGGACUCAGUCUGAUCUCUUCUGGAAGUGCACACUACCAGGCUCCCCACGGCAUGAAGCUGGAAGCGGUGAUGGAAAACCUGCAGAGGCAACAGCAGGCCAGGCUGGAACUGGAAGAGAGACAGAGGAAAGAGAGGGAGAGAGAUGUGAUACGAGCCGGAGGUGACAGUCAGCAGCAGCAACAGCAACAAGCUAUGACCGCAGCCGUCCACCAGCACCUGGCAGUAGCCCAGCAAGCAGCCGCCCUGGCAGCGGUCCGAGCCGCGGCUAUGGCCGGCUUAGGAGACGCCGGUCUCGGAUCGAGCGGGGCCCAUCGGCCGCUGAUGACUGCGCAGCGCCGCCGCGUCCCGCCAGCCCUCUCGGAGUCCGAGGAGGAUGAGCUGCAGCGCGAUCCGGAGCCCGGGGUGGAUGAGGAGGAAGAGGAGGGGGACGAAGACGAGGAGGAAGAGGAGGAUGAGGAGGAAGGAAUGGAGGACAGUCAGAUCCAUCGUGCUUCCGGGGUGCCAACUCCCGGACAGACUCUCAAAGGGACCCCAGACCAGCUCUCCAGAUUCGGGCAACAUCACUACCACCUCCCCGGCCAAUCUCACUCUCCAGUCGGGAUCCCCCAGCAGGCGCACUCCCAGCAGCAGGAGUGGACCUAUGAGGAGCAGUUCAAACAGCUGUAUGAGCUGGAUGAUGAUCCGAAGAGGAAGGAAUUUCUGGAUGAUCUAUUCAGUUUUAUGCAAAAAAGGGGGACUCCAGUGAAUCGGAUUCCCAUCAUGGCCAAGCAGGUGUUAGAUCUGUACAGCCUGUAUAAGCUUGUCACUGAAAAAGGCGGCUUAGUGGAAGUCAUCAAUAAGAAAAUCUGGCGCGAAAUCACCAAAGGCCUCAACCUCCCUACCUCUAUUACCAGUGCUGCUUUCACCCUGAGAACCCAAUAUAUGAAGUACCUAUAUCCAUAUGAAUGUGAAAAGCGAGGUCUGAGCUCACCUGGUGAGCUACAGGCAGCUAUCGAUAGCAACAGACGAGAGGGUCGAAGGCAGAGUUAUGGAUCAACAUUGUUUAACUACUCCCCUGUGGGGACGCCAACUAUCUUAUCCUCUCCUAAGAUUCAGAUGCCUACCAUAGCUAUAUCCACUCAUAAUGGUAGCCAUAUUAGCCAUGGAUAUUCUAUAAAGAAAGAAGAAUCUAUGCCCUCAACAGCGGGACACAAUCGAAUAGCAAUCCCACUCAGUAUCGCUGGUCAUCAUGUAACCACAGCCCAGGCUGUUGCGGCUCAGGCAGCCACAGCGCAAGUAGCAGCAGCUCAGGCCGUGGCCCUCGACCAGCUGCGAGAGAAGCUGGAUUCUGGGGAGCCUCCAGAGAAAAAGGUGUCAGUCGUGGCAGAGGAACAGCAACGGCUCAUGCAACAAGCACUGCAGCAGAACCUGCUGGCCAUGGCAACACAGAUCCCUAUGAACAUUAAAAUCAAUAGUAGAGAUGACAGACAAGAAACUGCAUUGAACCUGUCUACAAAUGGCAUUAGCAGCAUCAACAUGUCAAUAGAAAUAAAUGGAGUUGUCUACACAGGGGUUCUCUUCGCACGAAGGCCAAUCAUUCCCGUGAUGUCCGGCAGCAACGGGAAUAGCAGCAGCUCUCAGGGCAUGCCUAGUCCGGCAUUAGCAGCACAAGCCCAGCCUUCCUCUUCCUCAUCUCAUAUUCACACUCCGACCAGUUCUGCACCUUGAAGCCUCGACGAUAUACAGGAGACCACAUGAGACAGUCCCUGAAGACUCUGGUGUUUUUUUGAGUGUUUUUUUUUUGCAAGGAAAGUUUGCAAUGAGAAUAUUGAUAACUUUGCAGGUGAAGUGAUGGAAAAAACUCAAUCAUGCAUGAGGGUCACAUUUACUAUAUUGUACAGUUAAUCACUGUUGGACUGGACUCCAUUCAAUUUUUGUGAAAGAAAAACAAAAUCAGUGAUUUUAACUUUGCGUAAAUCUGUUGCUUUCUGUAAGUGGGUUGACACUUAUAUUUUUAAAUGGACAUCCACACGACCAUAGACUCUUCAAUGAAGAUGGUGAUGAGAUUCAGGAUGACCAUUUUGAUUGGACGCACUUGUCCGUGUGUAACUGGUUUUGGUGUGUUCUGCAGAAAGGUUCAAUUUUUGGAAGAUUUAUUAGGUGUGGCCAAAAA